AUAUGGCAGACGACUUACUUCCACUGAUCGGUCAUCUCAUGGAGGAGGAGGCAUCUGGCAGUGAACAAGAGGAAUCAGAAACGGAGGAAGUGGCGAUGUCUGUAGACAAUAAUGACGUUGAAAAGAAAGAACCAGUUGCGGCUAAAUCAAAGAAACCACUUCAUGUGAAAUAUGACUCUUCACUACCUGGUGUACAUUCAUAUUUAGGAAAUGAUCUUGAAGACCUACGAGGGAGAACAAUCCAUGAAGAGGACAAGCUCCUUGACCUUCCUGUUUUGUCGCUUCCAGGUGUGGUUUUGGUGCCAGGACAGACUAUACCACUCAGUCUUUUCCAGCCACAGACAGUUGCCAUGGUCAGAAAUGUUGUUGAGAAGGACAAGACUUUUGGGCUUGUUACAGCUAGGUAUGACCAGUCAGAGUUCACUCAUACAUUCAUGGCAAGCAUUGGCACAACAGCUGAGAUUUUCUCCAUGAAAGAUGACAUGGAUGAGCAGUCUGGCAUUUCUACACUAAGAGUUAAAGCACGAGGAAGGCAACGCUUCGAGAUCUGCGAAACCAACAGGCAAAUAACAGGAGUUUUAAUGGCAAAAGUUAGAAUUUUGCCAGAGCGUCAUCUUCCACCACCCUUGGAAGGUGCCACCCCCUUAAGCUAUGCCAGAUUUUGUGGGGGUUUGGCUGAUGAUGAACCUAUUGUUAACACAGCUGUGGGCAGGCAUGGUCAAGUGCUAGCCAGCGUGAAGAUGUCCAGAGGUCCAAAGAUGGACAGAUUCAGUGGAGCCAAUUUUACCUGGUGGCCUCCAUGGGUGUACAAAAUGUAUGAUGAGAAGAUACUGAUGCGAAAAAUUAAGGAUGAACUUCAGAGCUGGAAUGAGACACUGAAGCCUCACACAAUGCCAUCUGAUCCUGUGGAGUUUUCCUAUUGGGUUGCCCAGAAUCUGCCUGUGGAUGAUAGCAUGAGACUGUUUUUUCUCAGUCUGCAUAGUGCUGUGCAGAGGUUACGCAGUGAACUGAGCGUCAUGCAGAUGUGCACUGUUUUGUGUUGCCAAAAUUGUGGAAAGGAGGUGACAAACAAGAAUGAUGUGUUUAGCAUGGCUGCCGAGGGGCCUCUUGGAGCCUAUGUUAACCCUGGUGGUCAUGUUCAUGACACACUCACUGUUUAUAAAGCUCGUGGCUUACAGCUGGUUGGUCAUCCGUCCUCAAAACACAGUUGGUUCCCUGGGUAUGCCUGGACAAUUGCUCAGUGUGAAGAGUGUUUCAGUCACAUGGGAUGGCGGUUCACGGCCACCAACAAGAAGCUCUUGCCACAGAAGUUCUGGGGUCUCUGUCGAACGUCUUUGAUUCCAAGUCUCAAAAACUCAGAAGGCAAAAAGGAAGAAUCAACCUCGAUGAUCUUGUAAAUUUGGCUACUUUUGCUGAAGGGCUAUGUGCGGCGCUUCUAGUCUAAAAGCUGUGAAAUAGACAAAAGAUUAUUGAUACAUGGACUCUGAUAUUGACUUCUACAUUGCUAACAGGCUGAGCUGCAGACCAGUUAUCAAAUAGUUCACCGAGUUAGUCAGCGGAUGGCUCAUGUAUACCGUGAUAGUGAUUUAUCCUGUGGCUUUGAGGAGCAAGAUUUAUGUCAGUGUGAUCCCUUUAGAAUAUAUCCCUGUUUGGAACAGUGUAUGGUGGAUAAGUGGCAUAAUCUGUGUGCAUCAACUGUGUAUUUGUGUCAGUAACUAAGCGCAGUGCCCCUCAGCAAAGCGAUUAAACACACGGGCAUGUCAAGCUAAUGAAAGAAGAGUUAGCGCUUUACCAUGUUUACCAGACUUCAAAAUGAAGCGUAAGACAUUAGGGACCUUUAGUUAGAAGUCACAAGUACGAACUUGUAACUUGUAACCUCACACCAGAGUUAGUUUAUCUAGUUGAAGUUACAAGUUGAUCUUGUAACUCCUAAAGUCCUUUAAUGUCUUCCAUUUCAUUUACUUUAGAAAAGUCUGUCAAUUUCAAGUCUUGCUUGUGUAAGCAAGUCAAAGUGAUUUGUGAGGAGCAGUAAUGUUGGUAUUGACUUUUUUUUACACUGCCCACAUUGAUAUGCCUGAUAUUUUGCUUUAAACUGUGGCAAAUCAACAGUCUGUGGUACAGUUUGUAAAUGCACAAUUUGCUGAAAGCUGUCUUCUGACUGCAGUUUCAAGGCAGAUGUAAGCACUUACCUGUGAUCAGUUCACUUCCAGACUGGUACUACAUGCACAUGCUGCUAUGGACAUUGUACUAUGUGCAUGGCUAAAACUUUGAAUUGUAAUUUCAACCCGGAUCUCAAUGGACUCAACUGGUCUUGUGGCCAACCUUGGUGCUUAUCAGUGUUGUAAAUUUGUGAAGAACAAAGGAAGGAAAUGUAAAAUAAGGACUUUUCCUGAGUGUUGUAACAUUCUGUUUUACCAUAUGUGGCUUCUUUGUUCUAUAGGUCUAUGUGUAUACACUUGACUUGAUAUCUGACAAAAUGUGUAGACUAGCUUACAAUGCAGUCUGCAAACUGAGAAUCAAUCUACUGAAACAUAAACAUGUUUAUGGAUUGUUAUAGAUUGUCUUUGUCUAAAACUGUGAUAUGUUUAUUUAUAAGAGUGGUUUGUUGCAGAUUCCCCUGCUCUCAUUGUUCAUUAGGACCUUGGUGACAAUAAGUGGCAGACCCUGUAGAUGGAGCUGCAUUCUCAGUCUUAAUUUUGUUCAGUACCACUUGUAAUGUGGCAUGCAAACGUGUACAUCACUUACAAAAGUUUGUCAGUGACUUGCCAAAGGUCAGUGUUUUGCCUCAGGCACUGCAGUUUCCUUCACCUAUAAACUUUAUCACCGUCGUGUAAGUGAAAAAAGGCUUUACAAUUAAAUAAAUAAUGUUGAGGUUUGGGUAAUCAAACCAUGUAUGUAAUUUGAUGGUAUCUACAAGCAGGUCUUUCAAUUGUAAUAUCUAAAAUAAACUGUAAAAAAUUUCAAGAUUAUGUUCAAAAUUCUGUUCUUUCAAAUGCAAUUAAUUUUCAUCAACAAUGAUUUCACACUGAUGAAGAAUGAAGCACCUUUUUGUUUUUAAAUGAAUUCAGAUAGUGCAUUUCUUUGGGAGGACAAUCCAGAUGUUUUACUAAUAAACAUGUAGAAACAGCAUAUUGACUGUACUGAGUAAAAGUGAACUACAGAUAUAUUACUGGAUGAGGACAACUGAGACCACAUUAAGAAAAUGGUGAGGGUUUAAUAUGAAAGGAAAAUAUCUUUCGGUUUUUGUUUAUGUUUUCUGUGUUUAAUAAUUGGUACAAAUAAAGUGUACACUUGCCAUAUGUAUACUGUACACUUACGUUUAUAACAUGUAGCCAUGGUAACUAUUAAAAAUCAUAUCUGAGAGAGGUUUGAAUUAUAUGUAGAUCACGGAGAAGGAGACACAUGUAAUGGAAACUUUUUGUUUUUUGCUUUUGAAGUUGCUAUAUUUAACAGCUAUUCAUGGACGAGCAAUUAACGGAGAAUGAAAAUGUGAAUAUUUUGCUUGUCUGCUGUGGUCUUACCUGAUAGCAUAAGAAUAAACCAUUUAAUGUAUUUA